AUGCUGGUCAUGAUGCUUUUAGCGGCAAUGCUCAGUGAGUCUAGCCUUUCGGUACGAGUAGAUGAGCUCUUGGCCGAACAGGAGGAUCGUGAGGCGACCCUUGCCGAGAUGCGAUCACGUGAAGCGCACGCUGCUGCGCGCCUGGAUGCUUUGACGCGCGAGCAGACGCAGGAGAAGCAGGCGCUGCUGGCGCAACUCGAGGAUGCUGAAGAGCGGCUCUUGCAGGAGCAUGCGCGACAUCGGGAGGUGGAGGACGACCUUGGCAAGCGCUUGGACUGGGCCACGGAGCGGCUUCAUGCUUGGCAGUCAGAAGGCACCUCGCCGGGUGGUGUUUGGAAAGGCCGCUGGGGUAGAGACCAAAAGGAGGAAGACCACGUGCAUUCCAGUCCCGACAGCGCAGCAGCUUCCACACAGACGGGGGGCUCGCUUCAUGCAGAGGUUAGCAACAACGACUGGGUCGAAGAUGGUCUGAAGCAGCUGAAAAGGCGCAUCAAGGACCUUCUGUACGAGGAGGUCCGAUGCUUCGCCGAGAAGUGGGACAUGCCGAUUGAGCAAGUCAUGGAAAUCUUCGAGCGCUUGACCACGGAGCAGCAAAAGCUGGUGAUGAGAAGGUUCAAGGCGAGCCCUCACAAAGGCUCUAAAAUCGUACUGCUGAAGAGUUACGUCGGCAGCUGCCUCCACAAUGGAUUCACGAAGCAGACUUGGGAUGACAUCAAGGACUUCUCGCAAAAGUGGCGCAUCCCAUCUUCCGAAGCGCAGGACAUCUUGGGAGACCUGGAGGAUGAGCACCUGACUAUCGUUAUCCAGCGCUUCCACUACGAUGAGCGCACCGCUAACCAGUCGACGGUGUCUGCGCAGCUGCGGACUUACGUCAGCUCUUGCCGGCAUCGUGGCUUUUGGGCCGCCGACAAGAAGGUGCACUGCUGUAAAAAGAUCUCAGAGAGCUGGCGCCUUCCACUCGAGACUGUUCGAGAACUUCUCGAGCCCUUGCAUCUUGAGCAGUGCGAUCAGAUCGCCAGCGAUUGGCGAACGGAUCUUCGAACGGAGCCGGACGGCUGGCAGGAAUGGGAUCGGAGGAGUGGUUGGCACGACUGGAAAGAGUGA